UGUGAACGAGAAAGGGGAGAAUAAAAAUGAAAAUAAUUUCAGAGAGAGAGAGAGAGAGCGCGCAAUGGUAUGGUACUUGUAGAGCAGAACUGCUAUUCCGAGCCCAGAAAUCUCGCCCUGCUGCUUCUUCCUCUAUCCCUCUCUGAUUCGCGUAACACGGUAGCACUCCGAUCAGUUUUGUUUGUGUCGGGGAAUUGCGGCCUCGGAGCAAGAAUUACCUGAGGGAUUUGGUGAGUUUCACUGGUCAAGGUAAGUUUCCUCGAAGAUUCUUGCUUUGGCGUUUUGGUCUCUUCGGGUGCUUCUUUCAAGGAGGAGUCUUUGUCGCAUUCGGAUUGUUUUUGCCUCAGAUCUCGCAGUGUGUGCUGGGGGAUUUCAGUAAACGGUGAUUUAGGUUUUUUUUCCUUGGUGAAUUCUUGGGGAUGGAUUUUGCUGGGGAGGUUUACGCGAUUUAAGGGGGUUUUGGUUGUGGUUUUUCAUGUAAAUGGAACGGGGAACGAGAUCGGCUGGCGCUUCCGGAGUUGUAGUGACAAACAGAAACUCUUCGGGCUGUUUAAUUGUUAGAAAGAAAGGAGAUAGGUUGGGUGGUGGAUAUGGCUCUUCUAGUAGCUCUCGGAAGCAGUAUGAAUCAAAGGUUAGGAAAAGGCCCAGUGUGGCUAAGAGUGAUUCAGAAUCAAGCGAUGAGUUGCUGAUGCCUCCUGUAAGAAGGCUUGGUUCUGAGACUAUUCGUGUCUGUAAUGGGUUGACUGCUUUUGAGCAGGGUACAGGAGAAGGGAGUGAAAGUGGUCGAAAGAGGGAUGGAACGGAGCGAAUCAGACAUUAUGAGGAUUCUGUGUUUGACAAUAAUGAUUUGGAGCAGAGGGAAACAAAGCGGAAUAAACUGGACGUGUUUGAUUUUGAUGAAUAUGAUGAUGUACAAAUGACUCGAAUGAGGAAGUCUGAUGAUGAUAACGGAAUUAGUUUAGGAGCAAGAAGGUUUGUGGAACCAAUGCAUGAUGCUUCAAGUGGCAUUAAGAGGGAAUGUGAAACAGGGUCAGGUAGACACAUUGUUUAUAGUAGAAAGAAUUCUUAUUAUGAUAGGGCUAGUAGCUUGUAUGUAGAAGAUAAUGCUAACCAGAGCAGGUUCAAUGCAAAUAGGCCUGAUGCUCAGCUACCUCUGUCUUUGCUGAAAAAUAAGUUUAAAUCAGAUGAAUCCAUUAGGGUUCAGGGGAAAAAUGGUGUUCUAAAGGUGAUGGUUAAUAAUAAGAAGGCUGGCCCAUCAGAACACUAUGGUCACCGCAAACCUAUGGAAAGCAAACAAAGUUUGAGGACUGAAGCCACUGCCAAGAAGAAUACCAUGGUCCAUCCUUCACCGUAUUCAAAACCAAAACUUGUUCAGAAGCCAGGUUCAGUUGUUAGGCAAGAGAAAAAGAGGAUAGCAUCAAAAAAAUCAUUUUCAAUGAAGAACAAUAAGGGCCGUGCUUGGGAUUCAGAGGACAGUGGCUCAUUAUCGGAUCAGGAGUUAGCAACUACUAAAACUCGCAAGUCUUUGAAGAAGGUAGGUUCUGAAGAUGAACAGACUCCUUUGCGUGAGAAACUCCCAACUACAAUCAUGAAAGAAGGAAAAGUGAAGCGGGGUAGUGGCACUGAGAAACAGAAGCUGCGAGAAAAAAUAAGGGAGAUGCUCCUGAGUGCGGGAUGGACUAUAGAUUAUCGGCCUCGAAGGAAUAGAGACUAUCUUGAUGCAGUUUACAUUAAUCCAGGGGGUACAGCCUAUUGGUCAAUCAUCAAAGCCUAUGAUGCUCUGCAAAAGCAAUUGAAUGAUGGUGAUAAUGAGGCCAAGCCCAUGGUUAAUGGUUCUUCCUUUGCUCACAUCUCAGAUGAGGUGCUGAGCCAAUUAACAAGGAAAACUCGGAAAAAGAUGGAGCAAGAAUUGAAGAAGAAGAAAAUAGAUGGUAGUGAGAGUGAGAGUGACAGUGAAAAAAAACCCAACCGUAAAAGAUCUGCCAGUGACAAGCAUGACAUGAAUAGCACGGAUAGUGAUAGUGAUGAAGAGAAAUUGAGCUCUUUUAUAAGGCAGGGAAGUAAGUCAAUGAAAAAUAAGAUUUCAGAAAAUGUUGUUGCCAGUGCUAGCUUUAAAUCCCAGAAAUCCACCCAUCGCAUGCAUGAUGAAACUGACAAUUCAUUGUCUGAAUGUGAUCCUCAUCUGUCACAUGGGAGGAAAAGUAGAAAACAUGGAAGAUGUACUUUGUUAGUUCGGAGUUCUAGCAAGGGAUUGAAUUCAGAAUCUGGUGGUUUUGUUCCGUAUACUGGCAAAAGAACAGUGCUUUCCUGGUUGAUUGACUCUAGGACAGUUGCAUUGAGCCAAAAGGUUCAGUAUCGGAGACGAAAACGAGUAGUGCUGGAGGGAUGGAUUGCAAAUGAUGGUAUUCAUUGUGGCUGCUGCAGUAAAAUCCUCACAGUUUCCAAGUUUGAGAUUCAUGCAGGUAGCAAAUUGCGCCAGCCAUUUCAAAACAUAUAUUUGGAUUCAGGAGUUUCUCUUCUACAGUGUCAAAUAGAUGCAUGGAAUAGACAAGAGAAUUCUGAGAAAAUUAGUUAUCAUUCUGUGGAUAUUGAUGGUGAUGAUCCAAAUGAUGACACUUGUGGUAUAUGUGGAGAUGGUGGGGCCUUAAUCUGUUGUGAUGGCUGUCCAUCAACAUUUCAUCAGAGCUGCUUGAGUAUUAAGAUGCUUCCUCCUGGUGAAUGGCAUUGUCCAAAUUGCACCUGCAAAUUUUGUGCAAUAGCCAGUGGGACCGUUAAAAAAGGAGAUGCUGCUGCAUGUGCUCUACUUACUUGCAACUUAUGUGAGAAAAAAUACCAUGAAUCUUGUGCUGAGAAGAUGGAUGCUCUUUCUAAUAACUCUAAUGUUUCGGGCUUUUCUUUUUGUGGAAAAGAGUGCAAACAGCUUUUUGAGCACUUGAAGAAGUUCCUAGGUGCCAAGCAUGAACUAGAGGCAGGAUUUUCGUGGUCUCUUAUUCAUCGAACAGAUGAAGACUCAGAGGCCACUAGUAGAGGAAUUUUUCAAAGGGUUGAAUGCAACUCCAAGCUAGCUGUUGCACUGACUAUUAUGAAUGAAUGCUUUUUACCCGUUGUUGACCGGAGGAGUGGGAUCAAUUUGAUUCAUAAUGUUUUAUAUAAUAGUGGGUCAAACUUCAGUAGGUUGAAUUAUAAUGGUUUUUACACUGCUAUUCUGGAGAGGGGUGAUGAAAUCAUUUCUGCAGCAUCUAUCAGGUUCCAUGGGACUAGGCUAGUGGAGAUGCCAUUUAUUGGAACUCGCCACAUAUAUAGGCGUCAGGGCAUGUGCCGCCGGCUUUUUUCUGCUAUUGAAUCGGCCCUCCGCUCUAUGAAGGUUGAGAUAAUGAUUAUUCCAGCAAUUGCUGAACUCAUGCAAACAUGGACAAUGAAUUUUGGGUUCACGGAUCUUGAGGAAUCACUUAGGAAAGAACUGAGGUUUUUGAAUAUUCUGGUGUUCCCUGGUAUAAAUAUGCUACAGAAGGUGCUAGUAGAGAAAGGAAACUUUGAGGGGAACACAACUGCCUCAGGUGUUGAGAAAGUGGAAAAUGCAGACAAAGUUAGCAUUAAAUCAAAAUUGGCUGAUAGGUCAGCUGAUUCCUCGAAUCAUCAAGACCCUGAUGGAAGCGCUAAUAUGGAUUCAAAUCCUGUCAACGAGAUAUAUGAUGAAUGCUAUGAUGCUUCUGAAGAGAUUAAAAAUCAAGUUUUAUCUGACAGGACUGUGUGCUCUAAAUCUCAUUCUGAGGAUAGGCUAUCAGACUCAACUUCAGAUAAAUGUUCUUCCCCCUCUGAUACGAGUCAUGUUGCACUAGAGAUGGAAAAUUAUGUGCAAGAUAAUUUGAAUACAUCUGGUGAAAGUCGGGUCAUUUCUCUGCAUGAUGCUUCUGUUGAUGUACAUCGAUCAGAUGCUCCAGAUUGCCCUGAAAACUGUACUUUGGUUCAGGAAACUGCUCCGACUGAUCCUUCUUUGAAAGGAGACCUGGUUGAGCCUGUUUUUGACCGGGAAAGUUGCUUACCCACUCUUGUAAAUGGUGAUUCAUCUGAGCAUGACGUGAAUCCAGUGGUGAAUACUAUGUUGCUGUCUAGAGAGGUUGGCAAGAAUAAUACUAAUGAGAUUCAUAAGGCUGUUCCUUCAAGUGGGUUAUCUGAAGAAAAUAUCACCACCCAGAGUCAUGAAAAUGCAGAUAUGUCUGAUUCUAUACUCAAUCAUGCUGAUGAGAGUUCCUUGCAAAUCAGUUCUGGUUUGAAUGGUGAAACCAUGUGUCAAGAAGGAAAUUUACACGUAGGCACAGUUGCUUCAGAAAAUAUGCGUUCUGAUGAAAAUCGCAUAAAUGCAUCGAAUGAUAGUUCUGAGACCGAUCAAGAGUAAGAGAAGUGCUGUGUCUAAUAAAAAUACUGCCAAUGUGUUACUCUCUCCUCACAAAGUCCUUUUUCCGAAGCUGCAAUGCCUUGCAUGCAAUCAAUUUUUCAAGGCUUUGAAAGCUAUCUAUGAUGCUUCAUGAUGUGGUCUGAACUCUGGAUGGUAUGAAUAAACCCCUAUUAUUUUCAAGAGAUUUAAAUAGUGAUCAAUACCUUGCAUCGUGGAUGAGUAUGGAUUUUUUUUUUUUUUUUUAAGGGGCUGAGCUAAGUUGAUUUCUUGUCCUUGUUUCUUCUGCCGGGAAGAUACAAUAAUGCUUUGUGCAGAAGAUUGAUUACACGCCUGUAAUACGUGAUCUUCAAGCACUUGCUUGGUUGCAUUUGUCAGUAUCCAUUUUGAUAGAUGAUUGACAGAAAAGCAAGAAGCGGGUAUUUAUAGUUUAAUUCCAGCAGCUUCGGCUCAGUUUUGUGGCCCAUGUGAUUUUUGACGAGGAACUAGCAUUGUGUCCUUUGUAUUACACGGAAAGCUUAUGUGAAUGAUGGUGUCAAUCUAAUGACAUUUCAUGAAGUUUUUAUUUCCUUCA